GUGCGUGAAUGAAACAGUAGAGGGGACAAUGAAGUAUUUCGUUGCUAUAAUAGUUGUUCUCUGUGCUGCUGACAAAGCGUCAUGCGUGCGACGGGCAGUGUGCGAGAAGAACAAACCACUCUGUCAGUUCUGGCUGGAGGUGGAACCAAAGUUGUCCAUGACAAAAGGGUUUAUGCGAGUGAUGCCUUACAACGGCGGUCUUUAUAGCUUCUCGGAUCCUUCCAAAACGCUUUUACCCAAAGACGAGGUCGCAGACAUAGUCACUAUAGAUGGUGUCUAUGCCCGUCUCGUCAUAAGCGUGAACAAGUCUUUCCCUGGUCCAGAGCUAGUUGUGUACGAGGGCCAAGAGGUCGAGGUAUUCGUUACCAACAAGAUGCACACGGACAGCAUCACCAUCCAUUUCCACGGCAUGCAUCAGAAGGGCACACCGUGGAUGGACGGCGUUGGCCUCGUCACACAGUGUCCAGUCCUUCCAGAGCAGACGUUCAAAUACAGAUUCACUGCAACACCAAAGGGUACCCAUUGGUACCAUGCCCACAUCGGCGAUCAGCGAAGCAUUGGGCUCUAUGGAGCGUUCAUCGUACGUCGGAGGAACGAGCCGUUACCUUUGGCAAACGAGCACAUAAUAGUUCUCCAGGACUGGAACCACGACAUGGACCCGGAGACUGCGUAUUUGAAAAUGCUGCAUGGGAUGUUCGACUGUGAGGAGAAUGCCAAGAAAUGUUCCAGAAUAAGUACAACAGAGUCUGUGGAAGGUGGCCAGUUUAGUCGAUUUGAGUUCCACUCUGGAUUGAUCAACGGGCAAGGCAGGUUUUAUUAUGACCCCACCAAGCCGCUGUUGAACAAUGGCGCACCACUCCAGGUGUUCACGGUGGACAAAGGUAAAACGUAUCGCUUCCGGGUGAUCAGCGCCGCCACGCUGUACCCGUUCAGACUGUACAUCGCCCAACAUAAUCUGACAGUUGUUGCCUCUGAUGGUCACGAGAUCGAGCCUCGUGUCGUACAAUCAAUCAUUCUUCAAACGGGCGAGAGGGUCGACUUUACAAUAACCCCGACACUGGCAGUGAAAAAGUACAUGAUAAUAGCAGAAAGCUUAGAAGUAAACAGAAAUCAUGUGGCAGAAGCUAUUUUGCGCUACAACAAUUCACCUGUUGGAGGAGUUCCAGUCUCAACUCUAGUAGCAUGCAACCCAUGUCUGGUAUUUAACUGUCCGUUUGUUAAUUACCCACCGAAUCGUAACAGAGAGUGUAUUUUGAUGGAGGAUGCCAGGUCUAACGAACAAAACGUAACUGGAGCAUCUAUUGAGGGAGAACCUGACAAGGAAUUCUUUCUGAACUUCGCUUUCCCAGGAGAGCCUGGCGAUACCCCGGGGUCUGUUAACGGACGUCAGUAUGCCUCGCCGUCUGUCGCGGCGCUCGUGCAGCCCAAGGAGGUGUUCACUGGUCCAGCCUGUGACAAGGUCGAGUGCGGCACACAGAAGAUCUGCACCUGUCACUACACCAUUGACCUAGACGACGGCGACCUCGUCCAGAUGGUCUUCUCCAACAUGGGCAACGGUCGGGGAUACGCUCACCCAGUUCACCUACACGGACACUCGUUCUACGUCCUCAAGAUGGGAUUUCCCGAUUACAAUCCAAACGGUACAAUAAUUGGUCCGGACAAUCAGGACAUAGAAUGUGGAGGCAGUUACUGCAAUAGUGCGGCCUGGAGAGAAAACAAGGAGCCGGCACUGAAUUUUGACAAACCCCCUCUCAAGGACACAAUCGUCGUGCCGUCAGGAGGGUACGUCGUCAUCCGAUUCAGGGCCGACAACCCAGGUUUGUGGUUUCUUCACUGCCACAUCGAUCUGCACAACACCAACGGCAUGGCGAUGCUUGUGAACGAGACUUUCAACAUGCAGCCAACAGCGCCCAAAUCAUUCCCUAGAUGUAGAAGCUACGUGGAUGACAUAGACCGUGAAUCGGCUUAUGUUUGUGGAUGCCCCAUGACAGGCUCAUGGACCUGGAUGGUGAUAUCACUGGGGAUUCUGUCCACCACCUGGAUUCUGUAGAAGGUGAAGCAACUCAAACAUUCCACAAAUCAGAACCUGUACGCCAUUCUGUUUAAUUCAUCGUGCUGUUUAAAUCUGUUGUGCUCACAAAGAACGUUUACAAAAUAUUAUAUAAUAAUUAUUGUUUAUAUAUACUUUAUAGUUUAAUACAAUUCACUCAAGUCAUUCUUUUUUAUAACAGUAAUUAGUUUGAUAAUUAUAUUCAUUAGAUAAUUCAUAAUACUUUAAAGAGACAGACCCUAAUUUUAAGCACUGCCAUUAGAUCCGUUUUUGAUAAUUGAAACCAGACAUGACAUUACUUAAAUGUUAAUGUUAGAUUAUUAAUUUCCGUACAUCCGAGUGUUUGUAGUCAUCAUGAUGUUUGUAAUACCGCAAAAUGCAUUUUCUGAGAAGUAAUGGUUAUAAAGACAAGCUCUAGUCUAUUUUGAAAAGGUAUUUCCCCGAUGCUACAUCAAAAAGUCUUGUUUCACUUUAAUGUAAGUUUACACAGACGUGCUACAUGUUUGUAGAUUAACCAAACUUAUUGUCGAUUUUCACAGGCUGAAACCAGGGUGUGCGACUUUAAGUAUACAUGCACAUAGUACUUAUUACGUGCACAUAUAUAUUUAUUAUAUACAUAGCAAUGAAAUAUGUAGAUCUACAGAAACCAUAAAAGUGAUAUCGGUGAAAAGUCAUAUUUUCACUGUAUUUUAGCUACAAUGAAAAUAUAGAAAUGGUAUUUACUUUUUUUUGUAAAAGUUCACGAUUAAAUUAUCUUCCUUUG